AAUUAAUAAAAUGAGUUCCAGUGGUGGUGCCAGUAGAAAAUCUCCUGCUGGUUCUACUAGACUCAAACCAAAUCCCAACUUCUUCAAUUCUCCUAGUCAAAGUGAUGGGGUAGGUAAGGAGGGGACUGUACCAGAAUCCUUAUUGAAACCAGCUUGUAAAAUCGGUUCACUGAACCUGUCAAACAGGGGCAUUAGUGUUAUUCCUCUUAAACUGUGGAGACUCAAUAUUGAUCCUCCUGAUGGUAGUACUGCUUCAUUUGAUGUUGAUGAGAGAUGGUGGGACCAGGUGGAACUGACUAGACUGCAUGGAUCUAUCAUCUAACGAAAUCAAAGA